AUGAAUGAAGAAGAACUCGAAGUACUCAAAUCGAUUUAUGAAUCAGAUCCAAAUUUUUCUACUGUGAAUAAUAAUACAUUUCAAUACAAAUUUAUAAUUGAUAAUGAUCGUUUUUAUUUGGUUGAAAUUCAUUGGCCUGAUGAUUAUCCAAAUGUAAUACCUAAAAUUAAUCUUGAUUUAUUUAGUAAUCGUCUUUUAACAAAUGAUUUCAAAACUAAACUUAUAGAAAAAUUAACAAACGAUGCUAACGAACAAUUGGGUAUGCCAAUGACGUAUACUCUAUUCGAGUCAAUUAAAGAUUUUUCAUAUGAUGGUAAUAUUUUUCAAACUAAUUUAACAACGAAUACAAAUGCAACAGUACCAUCGUCAACUACAACAACUCUUCCUGUAUCGAAUGCACCAGUUAUAAAAAAAGAACAAUUAACUAAAUCGCAAAAACGUCGUCAAUGGAAUCAUCGAGUUGUUGGUGAAGAUGGACAAAGACCUCGUGGUCAUGAUUGGGUUGAUAUUGUUCGACAUUUAUCUCAAACAGGAAAUAAAGUUUAA